UCCAGCAACAUCUUCAUCCUAAUCACUGAAACUUUCUCCAAGAGAUGAGGCUCGGAGUAUGAGGAAUGUAGUUGUAACGUUCUUCAUCAAUUUUUAGGAGAUGCAUUUCUUCUAUAUCCAAAUUUAGGAAGUCAUCACUUCGGUGCAAACAGCAGUCGCUAAACCUUAAAAUCGAGUUAUGACAAGGGUGAUCAACAAAUCCUCUGCUUUUUGGUUGACAGUUCUGAAAAGCAGGUUUGGACAACAAUGAUAAACCAUCCAGUGAAGUUUCCCAUCAACAGCAGCAGGGGCAGUGGAGAAAAGAUGGCAAUAAGAAACACUUGCAAGUUGUCUCCAGCACCGUGUUUGAAGACUGAACAUCAUAUACCGAUAGCAUUCCCAGUCCUCAAAUACAGAUAGAAUCAUAUAAUCCACUUCCAAUUCACGGAAGAAGAAUCCACAAACUAAGGCAUUUCUCGGUGGUGUUGCGAGAGUGAUUCUUUCCUGGGUGAGUGGAUUGCAGACAAAAUACUCGACUCCUGGCUUAAGUGCUUUGAACAAUACUAACCCGUUGCAAGAGCAUAGAGCCGAACAAUCAAGCAGUUGCAGUCAGCGUGCGGUACCUUGCUCAUUUGACUUAAAGGGGGUGUACAAGGAUUUAAUUAACUAGUCGCGUUAGAGUUUGACUGUUUGCGUUAAUCCUAGGCCCUUCAUCAAUGUAAAGACAGUAAGACUCCUCUGUAAAAGUCAUAAGAUUCAAGAAUUCCAGGAGCAGCUAGUUCUCUUCAGUUGCUGUUGGGCAAAAGAUAGAGUUGAAGUUAAAGGCUCCCCAUUUUUUGCACACUCGUUGACAAUCAGCUGAGAAUUUCAAUGAGAACAUAAUUAGAGAUGUGUUCAAUAUCAACCAUUCUUUCUACUCCGAUGAGUGAUAAAUGUGUCAACCAAUAGAUCACAAAGAAGCGAAUUCCUCAAGGAGCAGUACAGGACUAUGGUGCCUGCCUGCAUGCAAGAAAGAAGGGCAACAAAAUAUUAAAGAAGCUGAUACGUGAAAUACAUAUUGCAAGUUUCCUUUGAUAAGGGCAACACCAAGGGUUGCUUGACUGAAAACAAGAAAACAGAAUAUCCACGUUCAAAAUCACAGUAAAUCAUUUCUUAAUGUUACUUGACAAUGGCAGAACCAAUCCACAAUUAGAAACAGUGAAUUCAAUACAUAGGAAAUCACAAAGAUCCAUCAUAUAUUCCUCUAAACUCCAAACAAUAUCAUGAAAUGAAUAGAAGGAAAAAAAGAAAAAGAAAAGGUGUUACGACCAUAAUAGUUGGGUAGAAACGGCAUGUCGUCUGCUCUUGGGGACCACCUAAUCCAUUAAUGAAAACGGGUUAACCCGAAAUUGAGUCUUCCUCUCUCUAAGCUAAAACCCUUCUUCUCCCCUUCAAAAACCUCUCUUUUCAUUUUCAAAGUUUACAUUUUUAUUCAAACGAAAACUUCUCACUGAUUCCUUUCGCUGAAAUCAAUGAGUUCACUCGUUCUCAGAUUUGCUAAGCUUUUAAGAGUCCCUUCUCCUGUUAUCAUGCCCACCUCUUCUCUAGGGGUAGGUUUGCAAAGAAGCUUGAGGUCUUGUUACUCAACUGUGUCAUUUAACAGUGACAAUGAAGAGGGGAAGAAUGAUAAAGUGGAAGAGGAGUUUGAUGAUUUGCUUGGCGAUAGGCGCGAGUCACGGUUCCAAGGUGUGGAUCCUAGAAAAGGAUGGGAGUUUCGCGGUGUGCACAGGGCAAUUAUUUGUGGAAAAGUGGGACAAGCCCCUGUGCAGAAGAUCUUGCGAAAUGGGAGGACUGUAACCAUCUUUACUGUUGGAACAGGGGGCAUGUUUGACCAAAGAAUUAUAGGAUCAAAAGACUUGCCAAAACCUGCUCAGUGGCAUCGAAUAGCUGUGCAUAAUGAUUCACUUGGGGCUUAUGCUGUUCAACAACUUGCCAAAAACUCUUCAGUUUAUGUUGAGGGAGACAUUGAAAUUAGAGUUUACAAUGACAGCAUCAGUGGCGAAGUUAAAAACAUUCCUGAGAUUUGUGUUCGUCGUGAUGGAAAGAUUCGCCUUAUAAGGAGUGGAGAAAACAUCAGUAAUAUUUCCUUUGAGGAUCUGAGAGAGGGAUUGUUUAGCUGAAAUUCACUCGAUAUUUCGUGGUAAAUUUUCCCUGAAAAGCAAGAGUAGCUGUUUCCCCUAACUUUUGUAAGAAAUAUGGUUCCAGCUAGGCUGAAUGUGACAGGCCCAGACAAAUAGCUUUUGUUUCUUAUUUCUAUCCUUGACUUGUUUUGUGUACCCUUUUUUCCUAAACUCUGUGUGAGUGUGUGUGGAUGAGGGUGGGUGGGCGGUGGUGGUGUAUACAUUUUUUUUUAUUGUAGAGGUUAUUUGAUUGAUGGGAUUUUAUAUUUGUUUUAUAUGAGAAUCAUGGUAUCAAUGAGAUUGAUAUUGUACUGAAUUUUACCA